AGGAAGCACGGGCGCUGUCCUCGCCAUGACGCAUUUUUAACGAGUUCCCUCCCCACGGAUCUGAGUCCGCCUUCUCUCAGUCCACGUCCGACGCCACCGUUAACCGUUAGAGAGCCGUUAGUGAGCGCGCGGUGUGAGAUGCCCGCCGGGAUGUUCAGCAUCGACAGCAUCCUGUCCGCUCGGCCGAGCUGCAAGGAGCCGCUGCUGCUGCACCGGAGCGGCCCGGUGGUUCUGCCCGCCGGCCUCACGGACUCUCUGUACGCCGACUACAGCGGACUCUACUCGUCCACGUGCGGCCCCUCCGCCGCCGGGGUCCAGCCUCUGGGCGGCACCGCCAUCGGAUAUAACGGCUACUACUACGGCCAGCUGCACGUGCAGCGGGCGGGCGGGGGGCCGCCGUGCUGCGGCUCGGUGCCCGGCCUGAGCCCGCAGCAGUGCCCGUGCAUCCCGGCAGGCUACGACGGUCCGGGCUCGGUGCUGAUCUCUCCGGUUCCGCAUCAGAUGGUGUCCUACAUGAACAUGGGCGGCCUGUCGCACACCGAGCUGCAGCUGCUCAACCAGCUGCACUGCCGCCGGAAGCGGAGGCACCGGACCAUCUUCACGGACGAGCAGCUGGAGGCGCUGGAAGGCCUCUUCCAGGAGACCAAGUACCCGGACGUGGGCACGCGGGAGCAGCUGGCUCGCAAGGUGCACCUCCGCGAGGAGAAGGUGGAGGUGUGGUUCAAAAACAGACGCGCUAAGUGGAGGAGACAGAAAAGAUCUUCGUCGGAGGAGUCGGAGAAUUCUCAGAAAUGGAACAAAGCCACCAAAGCGUCCGUGGAGAAAAGUGAGCAGACCAAAAGUGACGUGGAAUCGGACUCGUGAUGGCCCACGCGCGGCACGGGCCAUGUUGCACAGAUGUAAAUAUACAUGUUGUUGUUGUUGUUCGCUAUUUAUGUUUAAUUUAACUGGUUUCAGAUGUUACACGCCUUUGAUGUCUGAAUAUAUAUGUGAUAUUUUUUAAUCAUAUGUAAGUUCUUCAAUGUAAAGUCGCUGCAGACGUUUUUACUUUCUCAAAGAUAAGAAAACCUACUUAAAAUGACUGAAUAUACAUUAAAUAUAAAUCAAACA